CAUGCUUUUUAAACUUCAGUUUCAACUUGCCAGAAUCCUUGUACGGAGCCGCACUGGGCCAGGGGCGGGGCAUCAUUUCCAUAUCGUCUCUCCCGGCCUGCCUGCUGGUUGGGUUGAUUCCUGGGGGGGAGGGAUGGAGCUGGGAGCAUAGGCCUAAGCAGGAAGGAGUAACCUUUGGUGCCUAAGUCCCCCUGCCUGGAAAUAGCCUCCAGCUUCCUGAAUGCCCCCGCAGCCCAGCUGGGUCAUGGCCAACAAGACCAAGCCGCGGAUCCUGCCCUGGCUGCGGGAGCAGCUGGACUCGGGGCUGCUGGGCGCGACCUGGAUCGAUGCGGAGCACAAGCGCUUCUCCAUCCCGUGGAAACACGGGCUCCGCCAGGACCUGCAGCAAGAGGAUUUCCGCAUCUUCCAGGCAUGGGCAGAGGCCAGCGGCAGCUAUCGGCCUGGUAUCGAUGUGCCGGACCCAGCCGCGUGGAAGCGGAAUUUUCGGGCAGCCCUAGACCGCAAGCAGAACCUGCGCAUGGUCAGCAACCACAGUCGGGACACUCAGAACCCGCACAAGAUCUACGAGUUCUUGCCAGAGGACGGGGAGGGCUGCGACACCGGCCGGGCUGCCGAGCACGGGGACCAGGAAGAGACCAUCCAGGAGAUCCUGGAGGCCCUGACGCUGUCCACGCAGCAGCAGCAAUUCCAAGGAGACUUCAACCCCAACUCUCUCCUGGAGCAGCUUCCCCAGACACCAGAACCAGCCUUGUCCUGCAACCCCUUAAUGCCGAUUUUUGCCAGUGGCUUCCAAACCGAGUACGAAGUGACAGCCUUCUACCGGGGUCGCCAAGUCCUUCAGAAAUGCCUGUCUUGCCUCAAAGGCCUCAGGUUGGUAGGGCCAGGACCUGGGGCCGAGACCUGGAUGGAGCUGGACGGCACAUCACUAGCCCUGCCUGAGCCCAGCAGUACCCUCACUGACCAGCGGACGGCAUAUUACGUCAGCAGGGUGCUGGGCAGCCUUGGGGCUGGGCUGGCCCUGUGGAACUCCCAGACUGAAUUCAGGGCCCAGCGCUUGGGCCACUGUGGGGCCUACUGGUCCCUGGGAGAGCAGGCAUCCCCUGGGGCCACAGGGAGGGAAGUGACCAAGGAAAAAGACGGCCAGCAAGUCUGCUACAUUCCAGAGUUUGUGAAUGACCUGAUCUCCUUCCUGGAAGGCAGUCACCGCUCACCCCAGUACACUCUCUGGUUCUGCCUAGGGGAAUCUUGGCCCACCAAUUCACAGCUAUGGACCAAGAAGCUUGUCAUAGUCAAGGUGGUGCCCACUGCACUGAGGGCACUCCAUGAGGUGGCCCAGGCUGGAGGAGCAUCCUCACUAGAAGAGGAGGUGGACCUGCACAUCUCUGACAGCGUUUCCCUGUCCCUGGCACCUGCCCACCUCCAUGGCUACCUGCAGGGGCUGGCCCAGAGUAUGCAGUGGGAGUCAGGGGCUCACUGCUGAGCUCUCCCCUCCUCUCAGCCCAGAUCCAGUGCCUGGCUACCCAUUUCUCUGAGCCUGUACACUGCCUGCAAAAUAAAAGGGCUGACAUGGGUCUCUUGAGUUGA